AGACUGAUCUCGGGGAGUGCACAAAAAAAAAUAUUAUAUAGAUUAUGUUUUUUUCAUUUGACCUAACCUUUCCGCAUACCCGAUAAUAAUAUUGUUUUUUGGUUUUUACUACACAUACACCGUAUCAGAGUCCUAGUGUUGGGUUAAGUCAAGUAAAACCUACCCGGCCUGCGGUGGACAAAGAGGGCGGCGGCGGUACGGCGUUUUCUCUUUACAGGCCGUCGAGACGUCGAGGAUAGUAUAGUAGCAAAAAGGGACGGAGGCGCAGACGGUGGCGUCGUGGCGCGUUCCAAAAUUAAACCAUCAGCCAACUGGAUCACCGCGCGCGACACGGACCACAAGUCUGUUACACACACAGGACCACAGUAUAAUAAUAUUAUAAUCUUUGCUGUCACCCAGCAGUCAGCACACAUACGGAUACGACGGUACCGCGGUUAACAGUGGUUGUGUGUUGUCGCCGGCAAUUUUUUGUUUGUUCUUUCGAAACAAUUUUUUCCAUACACAAAACGAGUGCACCAUGUCUGUGAAAUGUUUUCGUCGCUAAAAUUGUCCGCGCUCAGGUCCAAGAACGGAGGAAGCAACAACAGUGUCAACCGACAGUCGCCCAACGGCAACGAGCAACACCGGAAGUCGACCGGCAAAUGGUUGUUGGAUAAGGUGUGUUCUUCGCAAAAGGCCGAUGACUGCGGCAGCCGUAUGGUGUCAGACGCUGUAAAGGUAUACGAGCCUGCCCAUAGGCGCUAUGCCGACCACUGCACUUAUUACGGCGGCAAAUACAAUACCAACAGCAAUCAAUGCGUCAAACACAAAGUAAUCGACGUGUUCAUCGAACGCGAAGACGGCAGCUUAGGCAUAGUGCUUCGUGGCGGCGCUCAUGUCGACCCGGAUAUGUGUCGACCACUGAUAGUCACACACGUUCGUAUCGAUGGUCCAGCUGACAGAGAAGGGACGAUCAAGGUUGGUGACCAUUUAUUGGCAGUGGACGGAGUUUCGCUUAAUGGCCUGACCCUGGCAGAAGCCGAUGCCGUGCUCCGACAAUCGGAUGGUGCUUGCCGGCUGUCUAUUCGAUAUAAGGUGUCGGCUGCGGAGAGAAUCGGCGAUACUGUCAAUCCCAUGAUGGUGGAAGUCGAAAGCCCACGACCUCAUCAGCUGGGCUUAAGCCUGACCAACACGAUCAAUAAUAGUGCUGUGAUCGUCGACCAUGUGAAACCCGGCAGCAUAGCUGAACGGUGUGGUGCCAUAUUCCCGGGAGAUCAAAUAGUGGCAGUCAACGACACGAGGGUGGCGGGUACCAGGACGGCGGCUAGCGACGUAUACAAGCUGUUGAGGAUGUGCGGUGGCACUCAGCCCACGCUCAGGUUGGAAAUAAUACCGGCAUACACUUCAGACUUGAUUCACGCCGACUACUGUUCGUCGUACGAUUUACGCCAAAACAUGUAUUGCCUGUACGAAGACCCGGUCGAACCGUCCGUAUGGGAACCGACGGAAUCGCACAACGUGGUGCGGACGGACUACACGAUACUGACUCUGGUCGCCGACGAAAACGGCAGGUUCGGCAUGGACGUCCGGUCGAACAGCUCGGCGUUCGUGGUAUGUUCAAUUGAACACGGAGGACCCGCAGACCAGACCGGUUGCUUGCAGGUGGGCGACCGCAUACUGUCCGUGAACGGUUGCAAGAGCGCCAGUUUCGUGGCCUCGAGCCAGCAACCCUUGCACGAGUUCUUGGGGCCCGAAGUGAAAAACGCCUGCAUCAAGGUGGAGUUCGACAUUAUCGAUUUCGUGGUGCCCACGUCCGGCGAAUUCACGGUAAAACUGGUGAAGAGCGAAAACCGAAGCCUCGGAAUCACAAUAACAGAUGACGGCAACGGGCACGUGUCUAUUUCUGAAAUCAUUCCCGGGUCGAUAGCACAUCGGUCGGGGACUUUAAAGACCGGCGACACAUUGCUGGCGGUGGAUAACAAGUCAUUGCACAACUGCACAAUGCAAGAGGCAACGGAAAUACUUCAGGAUGCUGGAGACGUUGUCACUCUACACGUGCAAACGUCAAACGUCGAAUUAGACGAUUACGAAAACGACGACGACUUGGUUCAGUACACGGUGGAGUUAUACAAGAAGGGAGAACCCUUGGGCAUCACCAUUACUGGAUCUGAGGAUUGUCGGUUACCAAUUUCCAUACAAGAACUUUCUCCAGGUGGCCUAGUUGCCCGUACUGGAGCUAUCCACAUAGGCGACCGGUUGUUGGCCAUCAACGGAACUGAUCUGUCCGAAGCACCUUUGUCCACCGCCAUUGCGCAAUUGCAGAACACCGACGACCGUGUAGUGAUCACCGUGUCUCGUCCACAACGGCCGGUGUACACAAGCAUUGGGCUGCUGUCGACCGAUUCGGCCAUCGAAUCGGAUACCACUCAGUCGGCACCCAACCUGCACGAGCCGACACCCGAAAGGAUAGUGCUUCGGCAUAGGUCCAACAGUGCUCAGAGGAAAGUGCCGGAGUUCGACAGCGACUAUUUUGGAGGCACGCUGAGGCCGUACUACAUAAGAGAGCACACGGACUACGACAUCGACAGCAUAUUUAAAAUUGCCGAAAACCAGGACAGAGACGGACUUCUGGAUUUUGAUUUGUUCCAAGUCACUCUGUUCAAGGACGCCGUAUACGAAGACUUCGGAUUCAGUAUAUCGGACGGCUUGUACGAAAGGGGUGUGUUUGUGAAUAACAUCCGAAAAGGAGGCCCGGCCGACCUGAGCGGCAUGUUGAAACGCUACGAUCGUAUCAUACAAGUAAACAACACCAGAACGGAUGAUUCGGAUUGCUGUUUGACUGUGCCGUUAGUUGCAUCAGCCGGCGAUAGAAUAACGUUGACAGUGGAGAGACGCAACAACAUGUCAAGAGUGCAGUUUCCUACGGUAAGGUAUUUCUGGACUGAUUUCAAUAACGAGUUGUUACACAAUACAAAUUGCAAUACACAAUCAACUAUUAACUUUUAAGCUAAUUAAAUAAUAUACCUGAUAAAUAAAAAAUACAUAUUUAUAUUACUAGAAUUAUUAAGGUUAUUAUUAAUUGUUUUUUUUUUUUACAUUUCACCUUUUCAUCUUUGUUAAUUUCAAAAAUAAUUUUUAAUUUGUGUAUGUGAAGUAUAAUUUUA